AUGCAAAUGUCAUGGUAUGGCGAAUUGGACGAGAAGAAAAAGAAGAAGAAGACCGAGUCGAAAAGCAGAUGUUUUAGUGGCCGAAGCGGGCAGAUGGACACGUUUAUGCCUCAAGAGAGAUGUGCUCGAACCAAUAAUGUGUUCAUUGAGAAAAAGGGAACGGAUGAGAGGAAAACAAACGGCACGUUUGUCAAAACAGAUGAGAAGUUGGUGAAAGAUGUCAAGGCUCCGAGGAAGAUUGCCGUUUCAGAAAGAGGUGCCCAUCUGACAGUCAGCAGACCGAUCGCCGCGAAGUCUGCAGCAAAAGCAAGACCCUGCAAGAGAUAA